AUGCAAUUCAAAAUCUCAGAUCCUAAAGCUCGAGAGAAGAUUCUAAGGCAGGGUAUGUGGAAUAUUGCAGGGGUUCCGAUGGUAGUAACAAAAUGGAAUCCAAGAAUAGAGGAGGAGAAACAUGAAGAGGAGUCGAUUCCCAUGUGGAUUCAUCUCACAAAGGUCCCUUUGAAUAUGUUCUCUUGGGAGGGUCUCAGUCUUAUUGCUAGUCCUGUGGGAGUUCCAGUAAAGCUACACCCUGAGACAAUUGCUUGUUCGAGUUUCAAAGUCGCAAAAGUUUUUGUGAAUGUGGAUGUGUCUAAAGCAUUACCGAAGGAGAUGAACUUCUCAAGCAAAGGGAAGGAGUUCAUGGUGGAGUUUCACUAUCCGUGGCUUCCUUCAAGAUGUCAACACUGUGACAAAUGGGGUCAUGGUGAGAAAGUCUGUUCUCUGAAGAGGAAAGGAAAAGAGAAGGAAGCUAGUUCAGCUUCUAAAUCGAAGGAAGUAGAGGGAAGUAAAGAGGUAGUAGAUGUUGGAGAUACAUGUAAGGAAGGAAAAGAGGUUAUGAUGGGGGAGUCCUCUACUUAUAGGGUGGAGGAAGCAGCUCUGAAUACAAGAACAGAUGAUGUGGUGAAAUGGCUACAGGUCUCUCCGGGAAAGGUUGGUGAAAUUCCUGAAGAGGCACAAGAUUUUGAGACUGAUGAUUUGGAAGUGGGUGAUGAGAAAUUGGAGAUAUUUGAAGAAGAGAUGCUGGAAGAUAGGUUAUUGGAAGGAAGUACAAGAAAGGAUAAAGCAAAUAUGCAGAGAGGUAGAAAGAAAGGCCAGAAGGCUAAAGCUCGUGAUGAAAAUCCUAUUAAGAGCAAAAGGGUGAAAGAAAGGAAAGCGGGAGAAAUUUUGAAUUCGGUGUUCAAGGAUUGGUCAGCAAUGAUGAACUAUGAACAUAGUCAGGGAGGAAGGAUUUGGCUAGUUUGGAGAGAGUCAGUUCGUAUGACUCAUGUGUACAAGUCAGACCAACUUAUUACUUGCUCGAUAGGGUUUCAAAAUGAGGAAGAGUUUUUUUGCUCCUUUAUCUAUGCGAGCAAUGGGGCAGAAGAGAGAAAGGUCUUAUGGGGAGAUCUAUGUGACCAUCAUUCUUCUCCAAUGUUCAAAAACAAAGCUUGGCUGUUAAUGGGUGAUUUUAAUGAGAUUCUUGAUGGUGAGGAGAGUACUGGGUUCACAAGAUUGCUUAGGCCUCCGAGUGGAAUGAGAGAUUUCCAAAGGAUGGUCCUAGAUUGUAAUCUCUCUGACAUGGGAUAUCAGGGGCCGCUUCAUACUUGGUACAACAAGAGGGAAGAGGGUGUGAUCUGCAAGAAGUUAGAUAGAGUUUUGAUGAAUAAUGCGGCUCUCAAUAGGUUCCCAAAUGGAUUUGCAAAAUUUGAGCCAGGGGGAUGUUCUGAUCACUUAAGAUGCAAGAUCCAUCUGAUGCCAUCAAGUGAAAAAAUAAAACGGCCAUUCAAAUUCUCCAAGAAACUCAAAAACCUUAAGCCUCAUAUAAGAGAACUGGGAAGAGAGAAGCUAGGGAAUCUAACAUUGAGAACCAAGGAAGCUUAUGGUACCUUAUGUGAGAAGCAGAAGAAUACUCUGGUGCAACCUACAGAAGUUAGUGUUCAUGAGGAAGCGGAAGCCUAUGAGAAAUGGCUACAUAUUGCGGGGUUGGAAGAAGAACACCUAAAGCAGAAGGCAAAGCUUCAUUGGCUGGAAGUGGAAGACUUAAAUAACAAAACAUUCCACAAUUCUAUUAGAGCUCGCAAAGCUCAGAACACCAUUCGAGAGAUAAGAAGCUCAAAUGGAGUUGUUCUUAGAAUGCAUGAGGAGAUAAAAGUGGAGGCAGUGAGAUAUUUCUCGGAGUUUUUGAACCUGAGCCCGGAUAAUCAUCAAGAAGCUACUGUGGCAGAGUUAAAGGAGCUAAUGAAAUAUAGAUGCACGAAAGAAGAUUGCAGACAAUUGGAGGGUGAGGCUUCAGAAGAGGAAAUAAGGAAAGUGUUGUUCUCCAUACCUUCACAUAAAUCUCCAGGGCCCGAUGGGUCUCUGAGUGAAUUCUUCAGAACUGCUUGGCCAGUCAUCGGAGCUGACUUCAUUGUAGCAGUUCAAUCUGUAUUCAAGUAUGGGUUCCUGCCAAAAGAAGUCAACUCAACCAUACUUGUCUUAGUUCCCAAGAAAGUUGAUUCCAUGGAGAUGAAGGACUAUAGGCCCAUUGCCUGCUGCAAUGUGUUGUACAAAGUGGUGUCAAAGAUCUUGGCGAACAGACUGAAGAAGAUAUUGCCUAGUGUAAUAACAAAGAAUAAAUCUGCUUUCAUCAAAGGGAGAUUGUUGAUGGAGAAUGUGCUUCUGGCUUCGGAAUUGGUGAAAGACUACCAUAAGGAUUCUGUUACUCAUAGGGGGUGA